AUGCAACGAGUGCCAUCAUCCUGUAUUGAAAUUACUGUCAAGUUGACUGAUAAUGGAAGUACCACUGACAAUUGUUUAAUCUAUGAUUGGAGUCAGAUCACAAAUUUGACUACGAGUUACACGGCCUACAUUGAACCUAAUACAAAUCAAACAUAUGAUGUCCACAUUGGUGCAUUAACUGUUUUGGGUACAAUGGAUAAUUAUAGUUUGAACUAUGCAUGUCCACCAAUGGGAUAUAAUGGUGUAGGAUCUGGUUGCCGAACUGAACCCAAUACACAAUUGGUAGUAUUACAAGUCAAUGCUUUUGAUGGAAAAUUAUAUAUCAUUGAUAUUAUUCUAUCUGGUGUUCCUUUUCCUUCUUCACAAGACUUGAAGGAAAAUCAACCACCAUUUGGUAAAGCUCGGAUAACAUUCAACUUAGGUGUUGCACUUCAACCUACUGGAUAUUUUCAAAUCUGUAAAAAUAAGACAAGUGAACAAUGCCCGAAUCAGAACAUCAGUACUCACAAACUUCCACAUCCAUUGCCGAGUAAUUAUGGGUAUGGCAUUUUUGGUAUCCAGGAAUUCAAUUUAAUUACAAAUUCAACAUGGAUCAUGGAUGAUCCAUAUCAAUUGCUUAUUGUUACUGCAGGUACUAAUUAUUAUUAUUUCAAUGCGACUGGAUUCUUCUUUUAUGAUUCGAAUUCAAAAACAUGUAUUUGGUCAGCAACUUGUAAUUAUGUUUGCGAAGCGUAUAAUUAUGAUUCUCGAUUUCUGGAUUAUGCUGGUGAAUGGAUGAUCACAAAGAAAUGGGGAAACGAAGGAAUGGAACCAGUAAAUGCCCAAAUCUGGAUUGGAAAUGCAAUCGAUGCUGCCGGUGUCUUUCCUAUUGUCAUGUUUAUCGAUAAAGAAACUGGCCAUUACAUAGGAUUAGACAAGCUUGAUCUAAUCCCAUCACCUAAAAUGGGCGCCACUUAUUGGUAUACUGAUCAUGGUGAUACAAUACCAAGAGUUAGCAUUAAAGCUUUUAAUCCCACUGUUGUGAAAGCUGGUUGUGUGACAAAACUAAGCGAUUGGACUGGUACUUGGAAAAGCUUUGGAAACUGUCUGAAACCGGGUGAUGUUCGAAUCAUGUUUAUCCUUGUUUUUUGGAAUAUCUUCCAAGUAUGGGUGCAAGCGCACUGUGAAGGUUGCAAGUUAGUUGGAUAA